AUGGCCCUUGCCGGAAUCCUGAAUGCCGCUGACAUCACUGCAGCCCUUGCGGCUUGCCAAGCUGCUGACUCUUUCAAGCACAAGGACUUCUUUGCUAAGGUCGGCCUCACCGCCAAGACCCCUGACGAGAUCAAGAAGGCUUUCGAGGUCAUUGACCAGGACAAGAGUGGCUUCAUUGAGGAGGAUGAGCUGAAGCUGUUCCUGCAGAACUUCUCUGCCGGUGCCAGAGCUCUGACCGAUGCUGAGACCAAGACGUUCCUCAAGGCCGGUGACUCCGAUGGUGACGGCAAGAUCGGAAUUGAUGAGUUUGCCGUCAUGGUCAAGGGUUAAAUAACUUAGCUGAACAACGUCUUACUUCACUACUCCAAAGGAACAACUUGAGCAAAGACAUACUUCUCUCCCUCUCCUCUUCCCUCUCACUCUCUCUCUUCAACUCUCCACACCACUUUUAUACAAUUGACCUUUCACCAUCCGAACGUAAACAAACUGCUCCCUCUCUCUCUCUCUUUCUCUGGCCGUGCUCACCCCUUUGCUGUCCACAAUGAAUGUACCUGACUAAGUGUAUAGCAUGGUUGACUUUCCCUUGUUGUGUCUU